UGCACAUCGCUUCCCGCCGCCUGCACCGCGUUCGCACCGGCCCGGGGGACCAUGCGGAGCGCCCCGGUCUCCGGGCUGCUGCCGCUGCUCCUGGGGCUGCGGCUGCUGCUGGGCAGCGGCGCCGCGGCUCAGUACUCCAGCGACCUGUGCAACUGGAAGGGGAGUGGCUUAACCCACGAGGCUCACAGGAAGGAUGUUGAACAGGUCUACCUCCGCUGCUCCGAGGGCUCCAUCGAGUGGAUGUACCCCACGGGAGCACUCAUAGUCAACCUGAGACCCAAUAUCUCACCUGCCUCUUACAAACACUUGACUGUUUGCAUAAAGCCCUUCAAAGACUCUGCAGGAGCAAAUAUUUAUUUGGAAAAAACUGGAGAACUGAAACUGUUGGUGCGAGACGGAGAGCGCAGCCCCAGCAGAGUUUAUUGCUUUGGCUACGACCAGGGGGGGCUGUUUGUGGAGGCCACUCCUCAGCAGGACAUUAGCAGGAAGAUUACAGGCUUCCAGUACGAAUUGAUGAGCAAGGGGAUAGCAGCUGACUUGCACACAGCUUCUGCUCCCUGCCGGCCCUGCAGUGACACUGAGGUCCUCCUGGCUGUCUGCACUAGUGAUUUUGUGAUCAGAGGCUCCAUUCAAAACGUGACGAACGAGGCAGAAGAGCAAGAAUCCAUAAUUCACGUUGGUGUCAACAAACUGUACAGGCAGAAGAGCAAAGUCUUUCAGCUGACAGGGGAGAGUGGGAACUGGAGAGGACAAAUAAAGACCUUGCUGGAGUGUGGGGUGAAGCCAGGAGAUGGAGACUUCCUUUUCACAGGACGUAUGCACUUUGGGGAGGCCAGGUUAGGCUGUGCCCCUCGUUUCAAAGACUUCCAAAGGAUGUACAAAGAGGCAAAAGACAAAGGGCUGAACCCGUGUGAGAUUGGCCCAGAUUGAAACCCCCUGUUUGGCCGAAGAUCACUUUUAACAUUUGGCCAGGAACGUUUCCUGGCUGCAGUGGGAACUCUGAACAAACCUGGCCACUGAGGCUGGACAGAGCUGGAGGCUGAGACCCCACAGCCUGCAGUGCUCAUGGAAGCAGCAGAGGUACGAGCUCAGAGGGCUGCCAAGCAAGAAAGGCUGGAUUUUUAACCAAUCUUGUCCUUAUGAAUUAAGUUAUUAUAUUUUUUUAGUGACUUCCUUAGGAAAACAAACAAAGAAAACUCCCAUGGUCUUAAUAAAAGAAAAAAAAAACCCAAAUGAAAGCCAAGAUGCCUUUGUAUCUUUUUAAUACUAAUUUUUAAAAAUGUCUUAAGCUGAUGUAGCAUUUGGUAUGGCAUAUUCUGUAUAAAUGGCCACGAAUGUGAUAGAGCACGGUAAAACAUCUUAACAUUGAUGCUUUGUAAAAAGCUUGGUGUACAAUUCAAAGUUGUUUCUUAUGACAGAAAUUUAUGGAGCCAAACUCUUAUGUGUGUGUGUUGGUUUUUUUUUUUAUUUGAAAGAAUGUACAAUUGCCACCUGCAAUUUUUUGUCCAGGCUGGCAAAUUCUUUCCAUUCCAGAGAAAUAAAGGUCCCUGGAUUUGACA